AUGCGGGGCAUUCUGAUGGACUGGCUGGUGGAGGUGGCGGAGGAGUACCGCCUCGUGCCCGACACGCUCUUCCUCACCGCCGCCUACAUUGACCGCUUCCUCUCCCACGCCCAAGUCACCAAAAACCACCUGCAGCUCCUCGGCAUCGCCGCCAUGCUCAUCGCCUCCAAGUACGAGGAGAUAUACGCGCCGCAGGUGGACGAGUUCUGCUACAUCACGGACAACACGUACCGUCGCCACGAGAAACCUCUGAAUCGCUACUUCUACAUUCCCUUCUCUUCCUUUCACUCAAGGGAAUGCAAGAAGGGAUUUAUCUCCAGUGAGCUCAAACGUCACUGCAUUCGCAACUCCUCGUUCAACACCUUCUGGGAGCGGAAGGUACUCUUCUUCAACAGGCUGAAGGCAAGAGGAUACCCGGACUACUUCCUCCGGCCAAUCUUCAAUCAAGUCAAAUUCCAAGAUCGACACAACCUGCUCCGUUCCUGCCGAGACAAACUGAAAAGGGAGGCCCCCCAAUCCUGGAAGGUGAUAGACAUGGAGUGGCGGGUGCUGCUGCAGCUCAACUUCGUUCUUGCCACGCCCACCACCAAGAGCUUUCUCAGGCGGUUCAUACGGGCAGCACAAGUGACGCUCCAGGCCCCAUCACUGCAGCUGGAGUUUCUGGGAAACUUCCUGGCGGAGCUGACGCUGCUGGACUGCGCGUGUGUGGCCUUCCUGCCCUCGCAAGUGGCUGCCGCAGCUGUCUUCCUCGCCAAGCUCACGCUCUUCCCCUCGCUCCCACCCUGGACGCCAACCCUGCAGCACUACACGGGGUACAGCGUGUGCGAGUUGGAGCAGGCAGUGUGGGUGCUGCAUGCGCUGCACGUUGCCGUGCCGUCCACCACUCUGCCGGCCAUCGGGGCCAAAUACAGCCAAGCCAAGUCUCCCCUGCUGUCCUCACAGCUGCUUUCUCACCACCUGCUGCCACCACCUGACUCCUCCUCCCACCUCCCUUCCUCACACCCUCCUCCUCGCACCCCCCUCCUCACACCCUCCUCCUCCCACCUCCCUUCCUCGCACCCUUCUCCUCGCACCUCCCUUCCUCGCACCCUCCUCCUUGCACCCCCCUCCUCACACCCUCCUCACACCCUCCUCCUCGCAUCCCCCUCAUUGACUGCUGCCAUCGUCUGCUACCUACCACCUGACUCCUCCCACACCUGUCUCCAUCUCCUCACCUCCUACUGCCCUUUCCGGUCGCUCUCCCUGCUGCCUCCGGCUGCUUCCCUGCCGAGCAACAGGUGGAAGGUGAUGGGGUAA